GCGGAAGUGAAACACUAAACUAGAAACCUGAAUGUUAAAUAGGAUCGAUUUCUUACACAUUAUAGAUGUUAUCCACACAGCUACAACUUCGGUAGUUUCCAGUCACUGGACAUUUAACCUGAUAGAGAACAAACCGUCAACACGCACUGAGCUAUGGCUUCCUCCAGCAUUGUCCUGUCUGAAGAGCAGUUCCAGUGUUCUAUCUGUCUGGAUGUGUUCACUGAGCCAGUCUCCAUCCCCUGUGGACACAACUACUGCAAGGCCUGUAUCAGAGGAUACUGGGAUAGCACUGACCUGUGCCAGUGUCCAAUGUGUAAAAAGACAUUUGAUAAGAGACCAGAUCUCUUUGUCAAUACUUUCAUUUCUGAAAUGACUGCUCAGCUCAAGAAGUUGGCUCCAGUUGAGGUCACACCCAUCACCCCAGGAAAAACCCAAGUACCAUGUGACGUCUGUCCUGAGGGAGAGCACAAGGCCCUGAAGUCCUGCCUGGUGUGUCUGGCCUCUUACUGUGAGACUCACCUGGAGCCUCAUCAAAUACUGGCAUCUUUCAAGAAACACAAGCUGAUCGACCCUGUGGAGAACCUAGAAGACAGGGUGUGUAAGAAGCAUGAGAGACCCCUGGAGCUGUUCUGUAGGAGAGACCAGACGUGUGUGUGUCAGUUCUGCACUGAGACAGACCACAAGACUCACAAGACUGUCCCCAUAGAGGAAGAGUAUGGAGAGAGAAUGACUCAGAUGAGGAAGACUAAGGGUAAAGUUCAGGAGAUGAUCCAGGAGAGACUGCUGAAGGUUAAGGAGAUCAAACAGGCAGUAGAUCUCUGCAAGAGAAAUGCAGAGAGAGAGAUAGCAGACAGCAUGGAGGCCUUCACGGUUUUAGUGCGCUCCAUUGAGAGAAGCCAGGCUGAGCUCAUAAAGGUGGUUGAGGAGAAGCAGAAAGUAUCAGAGAAGCGGGCAGAAAGGUUCAUUAAAGAGCUGGAGCAGGAAAUAACUGAGCUAAAAAGAAGAACCCCUGAGAUAGGGCACCUUUUAGAUAUUGAAGAUCUCCUCCUGCUCCUCCAGACCUCCCCAUCUAGCUCCACUCUUCCACCUACCAAGAACUGGUCUGAGGUCACUGUUCAAAGCGGUCUUGGUGUGGCGACUCUGAGGAGAGCUGUGUCUCAGGUGGAGGAGACAUUAAAUACAAUUAGGGAGAAGUUGUGUGAUGCUGAGCUGAAGAGGAUGCAGCAGUGUGCAGUGGAUGUGACUCUGGACCCUGAUACAGCACAUCCAGGCCUCAUCUUGGCUGCGGACAGGAAACAAGUGAGAUAUGGAGACAUAAUGGAGAAUCUCCAUGACAACAAAAAGAGAUUUGUUAAUAAUACCCGUGUUUUAGGGAGGGAGGGGUUCUCCUCAGGAAGAUUCUACUAUGAGGUGCAGGUGGAGGGGAAGUCUAGUUGGCUUUUAGGAGUGGCUAGAGAGUCCAUCAACAGGAAGGAUUGUGAUGUAUCACCGAGUCCUGUAGAUGGAUACUGGACUGUGGGGCAGUGGAAUAUGAAUGAAUACAAGGCUUACGCUGGGCCUUGGGUCAACCUCUCCCUGAGACAGAAGCCCCAGCAGGUGGGGGUGUUUGUGGAUUAUGAGGAGGGUGAGGUCUCCUUUUAUGAGGUGGAGGCCAGGUCUCAUAUCUACUCUUUCACUGGCUGCACCUUCACUGAGAGACUCUACCCAUUCUUCUCUACAGGUCCAAAUACCUCUGGUGAUAACUCAGCUCCACUUAUCAUCUUGACAAUGAAGUCUGACUAAGUUUAGUGAAGAUGUAACUCAGUCAUAGGGAUUCCCAGCAAUAUGCCUCAUUUAAUGUGUUGAUAUUUCUUCUUGCGAUAGAGAAUUUUAGUGUUAGUACUAUCAGUUGAUCAGAUUGUAUAAUGAAGAAUGGAUCUCUUAUGUCCUACUACUAUAUUACAAUGUACAUUAAAAAAGUAUUUCCUGUGA